GCGUGCAUCGCCAUGGGCGGCGAGUGGCUGACGUACUGCUCGCUCACGCAGCGCGUGAAGUUCUUCUACGUCUCGCUCCAGCGCCGCGAGGUGAUGGAGAGGAGCUGGUCCGAGCACAUCGAGAACGAGGAUAAAGGCGAUGAGGGCGCCGAGCCCGCCGCGGCGGCUUCCGACACAGCCUCCAGCGCCGCGGCUGCUGCGCCAGCUGCUGGCGCAGCCAUCCGCCCCCAGCUCCCCGAGGAUCAGGCCGCUGCCGCGACGAAGAGGGAGGCUCCUGAAGAGGGUGGGGCCGAGCAGCCCAACGCCAAGAGGGGGCGGCGGGGGAGGGCCGUCACUGACGGUGCCGACUCCCACGCGGAGAUCACGCCAGAGCAGGCCGCCGCGAAGGAGGCCAAGAAGAAGGUGGCGACGGCUGAGCAGGCCGCCAAGAAGAUGCUGUCGCAGUUCCAGCAGCUCACGCAGUCGGUGGACACCAUCAAGCACUGCAUGGCUGCGAUGCCCGAGUGGAAGUGGCUCAAGGACCACAAGAAGAACAUGGACGACCUCGGUGCCGUGGAGAAGGCCGUUGCCGACAGCCGCACGGACCUCUUCAACCGCAUGAUGAGCGAGGAGAUGAAGAUGAUCAAGAAGGACUACGCCGACGCCGACAUUGUCAGGGACUUCAAUCAGAUCGUGACGAAGACCGCAGGG